GGCCAUCAGAGACCGACACAGCCUCCCCCAGUCCUGCAGGCAGCAAGCGAGACUCCAUAUUCCUCUUCCACCGCUACAGCACGCCUGACAUCCUCAAGCAAAAUGGGGAUGUGACCCCCAGCACAGGUGAAGGAGACGCACAAGAGAUGGCCCUGGAUGAGGCUCCUGAAGAGGAGACCUCAUUCAAGCAGGGAAUUGAAGACAGACUCCUGGUGAAGGACAGAAAAGUGGGCAGAGCUGAGAAGAGAGCCGUGGCUAAGAGAGUUAGUUCAUUGCUAGAGGAUCUGAAUACAGAGCUGGAGGAUAUGAGCAACGUAGAGACAUUAAAGAAAUUAGACCUGCAGAUAUGCCAAAUGAACAAGGUCUUGAAGAAGGACCUCAACCCUCCACAGAUGCCCUCAUCUCAGACACUAGCAGUAGAGGAAGAGGAAGUGCUGGGCAGUUUCGACUUCCUCUCUGCAGAUUGUAAUGAAGAUGAAAUAUCAGAUAUGGGCAGCAUCAGACUUGGGUACACUGG